AUGAACAGCAACGCAGAGUCAAACCCACGUGACGGCAACAAGGAACCGUGCACGAUUUUACAACUGGCCCCAACGACACCAGCCCCGGCUGCCAUGCCAGAUGGUCCUAAGCCUGAAGCACUCAUUGAUCCCUA